GGUGCUUCUCUCCUCUUCUUCGAGUGGCAAAUAAGUGCGACAUGAGGAAGAAGCUCACGCGAGUAAAAAAGACCCUCUAUCCAUCGUCAUCCACUUUAUGCCUUUCUUUUCGAUACCUUUCAAACUAUUCUAACAACCUCAACGCAUGCUUAAUGUCCUCAUGACAGUAUGAAAGUCUACGAAAGCUCCUUCAAGUACGAAUAUACCUUCCCUGCCGUUACCCUCGCCUACUUUCUCCGCUACCCGAAUCCUUAUGCCAAGCAUGUCGUGAGCUCGGAUGUCAUCGAUCGCUAUGUCGACCCUGAAACACAGAGGCUGCACACUACCAGGUUGCAUCUGAAGAAGUCAAAAGUCCCGGCAGGCAUUCUCAAGUUUCUUCCUCGUGGCUUUGCUGGCCCUGGUGGCGCAUCUCAGAGCUACAUUCUAGAGAAAAGCACCAUUGACGUUCGGGAGGGAUGGAUGGAGACGGAGUCCCGAAACAUGGAAUGGACCGGCAUUCUGAGCGUCGUCGAACGUCAAAGUUAUCAGCGACAGCGACUGGCCGACUUGUCACCCGGUUCAAACAAUGAGGUUGACCGAGCCAAGGAGAUGACCUCUUGCAGAACUGUGGUAACAUUUGUAUCGCACCUGGGUCAGGGCAUCCUCAGUAGGAGAAAUAAGGAGCAGUCACAGAAGACCGCCGAGGACGAGACACCCAAGCAAGGAUUCUUCGCGUCGUGGUCCACCGCCGGCAUUCAGCGCACGGUUGAGUUGAUUGGGGUCAAGAGGACGCAGACGGCCUUGGUCAACGGGAAAGAGGGUAUGAAUGUGGUUCUCGAACGACUUCGGAAUGGUGGCGUUGUUGCUGUCCUGGAGGGCAUGAGAAGAGAUCGGAUGGAAAUGAUCGCUGGAGAGGCCAACUGACUGCGUGCACACGCAAUAGGAUCGAGAUUGAGCAGCCUCAAUCAGGCUUACGAUCCUUUGUUGUUUGAUUUGUAUUACUAACCUGGCUGUGUUCUGAGCAAGGCGUUGGGGUUUCGACAUUA